AUUGUCUCCUCUUUCUUCGUCGUGCCCCUUAAAUCACUCGAUUAGUAAUUAAUAUGAGCCAGGGACAACCGAGGCGAUCUGGUAUUGGUCAACGCAGGGCAGUCGAUGGGAUAUCCACCUCUUCCAAGAAGGUCACAAUAGGAGAGGCACUGGAGGCGACCGCAGCGACGGCCGGCGACAAGCCGGUGGACGCCAGCGACGCGGCCGCCAUCCAAGCCGCCGAGGCGAUAGCCACGGGCAUGAACGCCAUCUCGGGCGGCGUCGCCGCCGCCGCCGCAGCUUCGGCUAAUGCCUCGGUUGACCGCGACGAGGACAAGACCAAGCUCGGCGAAGUCGUCGCGGAUGCGAAUAUGAUUCUGACGGACAAAGAGGCGACGAGGGAAGACGCGGAAAGGGUUGUGGCGGCGGAGAUGAGGAACAACCCCGAUCUACGAACUCAUCCCGGCGGCGUCGGGGCUUCCGUUCUCGCCGCCGCGAAGCUCAAUCAAGACCGUUGACUUUGCUAUUUAUAGACUUCUCCGAUGUUUUCCUUUAUACAUAGCUGUGUGCUAGCUUUUGAAUAACCCUUACUUAACAUAAAUUAUAUGGGUAUUACUAAAUGGUCAGAAUUUGACCAGCUAAA